AUGGCGAACAACGACCCAAAAUCCCCAGUACCUCAAAAACGGACGGUCCUUAUCACGGGCUGCUCAGAUGGUGGUUUGGGUGCUGCCCUUGCAAUUGCUCUACACGAAGCCGGGCUGCAUGUCUAUGCUACGGCACGGAACCCCUCUAAACUUUCUCAGGUGCAAGCUUGCGGGAUCGAAACCAUGACAUUAGAUGUUCUAUCACAGGAGUCGAUCUCUGCCGCGGUUGCGAAAGUCCCUCAACUCGAUAUCUUGGUCAACAAUGCCGGUGCUCUCUACAGCAUGCCUAUAUCCGACAUGUCAAUACCGAAAGCUAAGGAGCUCUUCGAUCUGAACGUCUGGUCGUAUCUGACUAUGACACAAGCAUUCCUACCGCUGUUGCGACAGUCCAAGGGCAUUGUUGUCAAUCAAACCUCUUCUGCGGGUCUGUUCGCCAUUGCCUUCCAGUCGGCGUACAACGCCUCGAAAGCCGCCAUGAUCAUGUUCUCGGACUGUAUGAGACAGGAGCUCGCCCCCUUCGGUAUCCGAGUGGUGGAUCUGAAAACAUCCAAUGCUGCCACAAACAACUUCAACAACCAGUCCCAUAGUCCGGGCUCUAAGCUACCACCCGACUCCUUGUAUUCAAUUGCAAGAGACACCGUUGAGAAAACCAUGCGUGGAGAGGGGUUUCCAAUGGAGGUGACUGCCGAGCAGUGGGCGAAACAAGUGGCGCAGGAUCUACUGAAGAAAGAGAACCCGCCAGCCAAUAUCUGGAGAGGGACAAAGGGCUGGGUUGCAUGGUUGACAAGUAUCCGACCUUUCGCACUUCCACUGAGUGUGUUGAAGAAAAUGACUGGACUGGACGUGGUGGAGCAGGCGGUGCGUAAACAUUGA